UUCGUUAAAGUUGUGGGUGAGGAAGGUCGGUGGCUAAUAAGGAAAGAGAAACGCGUGUGGCAACGUCUUAACAUCACGCAGGCUUCACGUUGUCUGUGCGGAGAACGGCUUCCUCAUCGACCCUCCCCCAUUCAACCCUCAUUUACAACCACCGGCAGCAGCUUGUGCCUAUGUGAGAGAGAGAGUGUUUUUGUGCAAGAUCCUGUGAUCUCUCAGCAGCGGAUCUGCGUCCUUCUAAAGCUGUGGAUCGCUGUUACCCCACUUCUCCAGCCACUGCAUCGCUGAAGAGAUCAGACUGAAGGAGGCAGUCAGGAGCCAGCUGGUUUGGCAAUAGUAGUGUCUGUAGUCAACAAGUUCCUCGCAGCUAUUAGCAUCUCUCGGAAUCCCCUCUUGCCCUGCCUUAAAUGAUUGAUAUCGUCCACGUACUUCCACCAUUCACGUAUUCAUUUUUACUGUUUCGGAUUCUGCAAUCCAUUAGUUAGUCGAGCUUUUGUUUCAUACAAUGUUGAAGGUUCUAACCAAAAAACUCAGAGCACAAACAUUGAAUGAGAUCCAGCCCUUUCAACUGAAGAUAUCCUACUCACCAAGAAAUGAGGAUGACAGUGAUGACUCGGAAGGGGAGAAUCAAGAACUGGCGCUGAUUGAUCAAGAAAGUCAAAGGAAUUGUCGUCUGUCAUCGUUGUCGCCCAUCUGUCGAGAAAAUCAGAAGCGCCUCUGUGAAGUACGGACCGUAUUUGAUCCCCUGGACUGUGACAGCUCCGAGGAAGAGCUUGAACGCAUUAACAGAGAAUUUGGAGCGGAAAAGCGCAAGUGGUCACAGGUGAACAGACUCAGUUGCUACAGUGACAGUGCGUCAUCUAGCGAUGAAGAGGUCAAAGACUUAUGUGGCAUGUCCUUCAAGCCUGUACCACAAGCUGAUCAGAAGUAUAUCCACAGCAGCCCUGUGCCAUUCAGUGCCACACCUCCCAAGAGACUCCAUCCCUUGGUCCAGAGGCCAUCAGGACAGAUCAUACUGCAUAGUGUCGGCACCUCAGUUGACCAGGCGACACCAUGCAAGCGGCACAGACAGGGCCAAGACUUCAGCAGACCAAGCCUGGAUUUGGAGAAAAUGCAACAGAAGAUGUUACUGAAGAAAAGCUGUGGAGCUAAAACAAGAAUUAUUAAAAUUCGAAGCAUCAGUGGCAGCUGCCCCCCACCGCGGUACUUGUACGACCCGUCGAGCUUUGCGUUUCGCUCGCUGAGCACCUUGGCCCCCAUGAGUCCAAUGGCUCCAAUUGAAGAACCACCGUGUGCCUACUGAUGGAUGUGCUGACCCUUACUGCAGAAAGCUGCCUGGGAGGCAAGUUGUGACAGAGGAACAGGACUGGGACUCUACAACGUGCCUGCCUAUUGGAGCAGUCCAUAAGAAUUGAUUUUUUUUUUGACAGACUAAUGUGAACAAAAGCGUGAAACUUUAUUGCUAGGAGGUGCUUUGUAACAUUCCUAGUUCUGUGCUUGCGCUAUUAAAGUACAAUGGAUGAUGGACAUUGAAAUUUCUACCCUUGUAUAAAUAGUUAUAUUAAAUAA